ACAAACGAGACCGUGUUUCUACAAGAUUCGUUGCCACAAGUACAGUUCUGGAGGAAUUACGUCUUGAGACUUCCCAACGGCAACCCGUACAACAAAAAUUUCAAUUGGCAAAUGCUCUUGGCGUCUUUGGCAGCAUUUGUUACUAUUUUUGCUGUAACUGUAAGAGGAGUCAAGUCGAGUGGAAAGGUUGUUUAUUUCACCACCACAUUCCCGUAUGUUAUAUUAUGUGUGCUUUUUGUGAGGGGAGUUACAUUAGAAGGAGCCUCCAAUGGAAUGAGGAAACUUUUUGUUCCAGAUUUUGAGCGCCUUCUAUCUCCCCAGGUUUGGGUUGAAGCUGCCUCACAAGCUAUGUAUUCAUUUGGUGUAUGUUAUACUGGUUUAACAGCAUUUGGAAGUUUCAAUCCUCGGCGCAACAACUAUUUCAAGCAAGCAGUAUUCAUGAUACCAAUUGGAUGUCUUACUUCAAUAUUCAUGGGGUUAAUAACGUUUAGUUUCCUUGGUCAUAUUGCGCACGUUAAUAAAGUUGAAAUUACGAGCGUCAUCAGCUCAGGCCCAGGACUUAUUUUUCAAGUUUUGCCGUAUGGGUUAAGUUUGUUGCCUGUUCCCCAACUCUGGUCAAUUUUGUUCUUUUUCAUGUUUUAUCUCGUUUGCAUUGACAGCGCGUUCUCUGAGUUUGAAGGCAUGAUGGUGAUCAUAGGCGAUGCUUUCCCUAACGCUGUUUCAAACUCGAAGAAUCGUGCUAUGACUGGAACAGCAUUUGGGGUUUCUCUUUACCUUUUAAGCCUCAUGCUUCUGCAUCAGAAUGGAUUAUACAUAUUUGAGAUACUCAACUAUUACGGAGGGGCUGGGAUAUGUCUUCUGUGGUUAGCACUUUGUGAGUCUGUUGCUGUUGGUUGGUUUUGGAAUGCUGAUAGAUUUGCCAUCGACUUUAAAUACAUGACCGACACCAAUCUCUCCCUAUAUUUCAAGUUCUGCUACAAAUACGUGAUACCAACUGCAACAUCAGCAAUUCUGAUAUUAUAUUGUAUUAAAUGGGAGCCACUUAAAGUUGGUGAUUAUGUUUAUCCAUGGUGGGCUAAUGGUAUUGGUUGGAUACUUUCUCUAUCUUCAAUUUUAUGGAUACCAGGAGUAGCUUGUUAUGUAAUGGCUCGUGGUGAAGGUACUUUAUCACAAAGAUUUAAAAAUGGCAUUAAAUGGGAUUUGGAAGAGAAGUAUAAUCCUGGCUCAGAUGAGGAUAAAGAAGAAAGGAUUGAAUUAAAAAUCUAAAACAUUUGGUUCGAACACAGUUUGUCUCUGUGCUUUGGAACAUAACAUACAAAAAUCAAGUCCAACCAAUUGUAUGAUAUAAAAAAUCUAUAUUUCGCCUAAAUGACAUCGUCAGUCUCUUAUUCCAAUAGAACUUAUUCCAAUAGAAAAGAAUUAAAUAACUUGCAUGUUUUUGCAUGAGCUGCAUGAAAACAACAUUUUAUGCUAAAUGUUUCAUGCCAUAUAAAUUUAUUUAUCUAUAUUUCAAUUUUUUUAUAUUCAAAUAUAAGAGCAAUUAUAUUAUAUAUAUUUUAUAUUAAUUUAUAUUAAAUAAUAAUUUAUAUUAAAUUAAUAACCUCGUCCCUUGAAUAAUAUUGCCAAAGUAUUUUUCUUUAGUUCAUAUAUUUGAGAAUGUUCAUUAAAGAUUACAGUUAUUCAUAA